UUUCGAAGCGAGCGGUCUAUCAAAACGAAGUCCCGUUCCUAUGGUCACCUCAGAUCGAGAUAUCGUCACGCUCACUCGGUCUCUCUCGCUUGCACCGCCACCAUGAGGACGCCUGUCGGUGUAGCUCCGGCGUCAAUCCCAAGCUUCUCUGGUACGACAGAUUGUCCUGCAAUUGCUCUCUCGUAUCGUCAACGGUGGAAUCUGCUCAUUCUGCCCAUUCCCUUCGUGUAAAAAUUCCUCUGUGGGUUCAAUGAAAUCGGAGCUUAUUUGCGCUUAAUUUGAGCAGCCUACCUCCCAUACUGCUUCUCGUGCUGGGUUUCGAGCUUUGAAUACCCUCGUAUCUUUGAAGCCCAGACGUGUCUCAGUUAAUUCAGAGGACCAGGAGCUAAUUGGACGAUUCCUGUCGGGUUUUGAAUCGAGCAAACGAUUGUGCGUUACAUUCGUGCUGAGUAAAUAGCCAUGGGUAUCAAGGGAUUAACCAAGCUGAUUGCGGACAAUGCUCAUGGCGCAGUGAAGGAACAAAAGUUUGAGAAUUAUUUUGGUCGAAAAAUUGCCAUCGAUGCUAGCAUGAGCAUUUAUCAGUUUCUGAUAGUCGUAGGGCGCAGUGGAAGCGAAUUACUCACGAAUGACGCGGGAGAAGUGACGAGCCAUCUGCAGGGCAUGUUCAACCGGACGAUUCGAGUGUUAGAGGCCGGCCUUAAACCUGUUUACGUAUUUGACGGUCAGCCUCCAGAUUUGAAGAAAAGGGAGCUCGCAAAACGUUUUGCAAGGCGCGAGGAUGCUGCUGAAGAUCUGGUCACAGCCAAGGAGACAGGAAAUGAGGCUGAUGUGGAGAAGUACAGCAAGAAGACAGUGAAGGUCACUAAGCAACACAAUGAGGAUUGUCGUAAGCUGCUACGACUUAUGGGUGUUCCUGUUGUUGAGGCUCCAUCUGAGGCUGAAGCUGAAUGUGCAUCGCUGUGCAAGGCAGAGAAGGUUUUCGCUGUGGCAUCAGAGGAUAUGGAUUCGCUCACAUAUGGAUCAACACGAUUUUUACGUCACCUUAUGGAGCCAACCUCUCGGAAACUACCUGUUCUGGAGUUUGAUAUUGCAAAAGUCUUAGAAGGAUUGGGUCUUAACAUGGAUCAAUUUGUUGACUUGUGCAUAUUAUGUGGGUGCGACUAUUGUGACACGAUCCGAGGUAUUGGACCUCAAACUGCCCUUAAAAUGAUACGUCAACAUGGUUCUUUGGAGAUUGUUCUAGAAAAUUUAAACAAAGACAGAUAUCAAGUACCAGAUCCAUGGCCAUAUCAGGAAGCACGACGCCUUUUUAAAGAGCCCUUAGUUACUCCGCCCGAAAAGGUUCCAGAAUUCAAGUGGACUGCACCAGAUACAGAGGGACUACGUCAACUUCUAGUCGAAGAGAACGGCUUCAACAAUGACCGAGUGAUGAAGGCUAUUGAGAAGCUCAAGGUGGCAAAGAACAAAGCAUCACAAGGAAGAUUAGAGAGUUUCUUCGGAGUAAGUUCCUCUUCCAGCAACAAGAGAAAGGAGGCCCCUGAUUCUGAAGCUUCUGCCGGAAAGCAGGUUAAAACGGCUGCUGCUGUAAAACCUGCUAAAGCUGCUUCGAAGAAAGGUCCUGCAAAGGGGGGCAAAAAGAAAUAAAUCUUUUCCAGAUCUUAAAGAGUGAGGAAGCGUGGGCGUUGUAGUUAAAAGCAUAGCAAUAGGUCUAUCACGUCAAAGAUCAGAUGAACAUUAAGAGUUGAAGAGCCCGUCUGCUCUCUUAUAAAACAGUCAUAACUCACUUCAUAGUUUCAGGACCUCCUUCUGUACAGAUGACAUGCGAGCACUUGCUGAAGCGUAGUCAAUAUUUUAAUGUAUCUGGUAGUGUCCUUUGAGUGUUUUCUUGGAGGUCGCAGAUCAGGAAAUGGUGUGUGUUGAGUUUGAAACUCUAAACCAGCAGUUCAUUUCCAAAUUUUUCGACUUGGAAAGCUAUAUGCUCCCGCCAGGGAUAAUCAUUUGUUGUGUUUUGACCAAUCGGUCACGACGGACUUUUUGUAAUGGCAAUAAGUCCGUUUUAGGCCUUUUAGAACUGAUGUACAUGACUCUCAAAGUGAGCUUUGAAAACUUA